GGCCUUGAGGGGCCGCUGUAGUUAGGCAAUCAUUGCGGGGCUGCGCUCAGCUUAAAGCCUUGGCCGACCGUGGGCCGAGGGCUGGCCGGGGCUGCUGUGGCCCGGGCGAGCAGGGAGCGCGGAGCGGCUUCUGGGGCAGUGCGGGCGAGCCCUGGCAGUGUGCUUGUCUGGUGCUGACGUCGCCCCGCCUCUAGGAUAGGACCCGCCCCCGCCCUCCGGGCUUGGGACUCGGCGGGUACUUCUGCUGGGCUGCCCCGCCGCCCAGCAUCCGGUCGGACAGCUGGGUGGAGAGAGUGAGCGGCCGCGGGCACAACUCUCCCCGUCGUUUGCAGCCUCCGCCAGCGUCUUCGCCACCCUCUUCCGGGCUGUCCCAACGCUGACGUGGAGCAACCUGUUCUGAACCCUCAUGGAGAAGUUUGGGAUGAAUUUCGGCGGCGGCCCGAGCAAGAAGGACCUCCUGGAGACCAUUGAGACGCAGAAGAAGCAACUCCUCCAGUACCAGGCACGUCUCAAGGAUGUGGUCCGUGCCUAUAAAAGCCUAAUGAAAGAGAAAGAGGCGCUAGAGGCCAGCAUUAAGGUGCUGUCGGUGUCUCAUGAGGCGGAUGUGGGCCUUGCAGGCGUCCAGCCUCCAGGCCUCACCUUUCCUGACUCUGUGGAUGACCGAUGCUCCACUCACAGCGAGGAUAGCACUGGGACCGCCACCAGCUUGGACACUGCGGCCAGUCUCACCAGCACCAAGGGUGAGUUUGGGGUAGAAGAUGACAGACAGGCCCGUGGACCACCACCUCCAAAGUCCGAAGAGGCCAGCGGGUCGGAGAGUGGCGUCAGCAGUAGCAGUGGGGAUGGACCAUCCGGGAGUGGGGAGGUGGACAAACGACUGCACCAGCUGAAGACUCAGUUGGCUACUCUGACCAGCUCAUUGGCUACAGUCACCCAGGAGAAGUCCCGCAUGGAAGCUUCUUACCUGGCUGACAAGAAGAAGAUGAAACAGGACUUAGAGGAUGCCAGUAAGAAGGCAGAGGAGGAGAGGGGCCGUCUGGAGGGAGAACUGAAGGGGCUGCAGGAGCAGAUAGCAGAAACCAAAGCACGACUUAUCACGCAACAGCAUGACCGGGCCCAAGAGCAGAGUAACCAUGCCUUGAUGCUGCGUGAGCUCCAGAAACUGCUGCAGGAGGAGAGGACCCAGCGCCAGGACUUGGAGCUUCGGUUGGAAGAGACUCGAGAAGCCCUGGCGGGGCGGGCAUAUGCAGCUGGUCAGAUGGAAGGGUUUGAGCUGCAGACCAAGCAGCUGACCCAUGAAGUGGAGGAGCUGAAAGGUGAGCUGCAGGCUCUUCGAGAUGAGAAGAAUCGGCCAGACCCCCGGCUGCAGGAGCUUCAGGAAGAGGCUGCCUGCCUUAAGAGUCAUUUCCAGGCCCAGUUGCAGCAGGAAAUGAGGAAGACAGCCCUUGCAGAAGAUCUACUCCGCCAGCAAUCUCAGGCGGAAGAGCAGAGGGUGGCAGCCCUGGAGAAUCAAAUAUCCGAGGUGUCGGAACUGCUGGGCACCUAUGAGAAAGCCAAGCAGAAGGACCAGCUGGCCAUCCAGAAGCUGAAGGAGCGCAUUCUGCAGCUGGACCUGGAGAACAAGACGCUGGCUCUAGCAGCCUCCAGCCGGUCCCCUUUGGACAGCCAUGGAGAGGAGUCCAGUCUGGAUGUCAAUGUCCUAAAAGACAAGAUGGAGAAGCUGAAGAGGCUGCUGCAGGUUGCUGCCAGGAAGAGCCAGGUGACCUUGGAUGUGGAGAAGCUCUGUGACUUGGAGAUAAUGCCCAGCUCAGAGGCUGCCGAUGGGGAGAAGGCCACUGCGCUCUACUACCAACAGGAGCUGAAACAGCUGAAGGAAGAGUUUGAGAGGUACAAGGUGAGGGCCCAGGUCGUCCUCAAGAGCAAGAACACCAAAGAUGGUAACCUGGCCAAGGAGCUGGAGGAAGCCCAGGAACAGCUCGCAGAGCUGAAGGAGAAGUAUAUCUCCCUGCGGCUGUCCUGUGAGGAGCUCGAGCGCCAGCACCAGCAGGAGGCCGAGGACUGGAAGCAGGAGCUGGCCCGGCUGCAGCAUCUCCACCGUCAGGAGCUGGAGCGGAGCCAGCUGGACUUCAGGGACCGCACGCUGAAACUGGAGGAGGAGCUGCACAAGCAGCGGGACCGUGCCCUGGCUGUGCUGGCCGAGAAGGACUUGGAGCUGGAGCAACUGCGUUCUGUGGCCUUGUCCUCUGGGCUGCCAGGACACAGAAGCCCUGUGGGGGGUGGGGGUCCUGGGGACCCAGCUGAUACAUCUUCCUCAGAUAGCUUGACCCAAGCACUGCAACUAGCUGCGGCCAGUGAGCCCACUUUCUUCCUGUACGCUGAGCAGUUGGCCCGCAAGGAGGUGGAGAUUACAUCACUGAGGAAGCAGAAGCACAGGCUGGAGGUAGAGGUGCAUCAGCUGCAGGAUCGGCUGCUGGAGGAGGGGGAGCGGCAUCGCGAGGAGGUUGGCGCCCUGCAGAGCCACAUUGAAAAGAACAUCAGGGACCAGAGCAGGGAGGGAGCCAACCUGGAGUACCUCAAAAACAUCAUCUACCGCUUCCUGACCUUGCCUGACGCUCUGGGCCGCCAGCAGACGCUCACAGCCAUCCUGACUAUCUUGCAUUUCAGUCCAGAGGAGAAACAAGUGAUAAUGCGGCUUCCAACCAGUGGUAGCUGGUGGUCUUCUGGCAAGAGAUGAUGCCAUUUUCACUAACUCCUGAAAUUUCUGUGCCUCUUAUGUGAGAAGGGACAGCCUCUGGUGUCUACUGCCUCUUCUCUUACAUUAUCAUUUAUUUCUUCACUGUGUUGAUCUGGAAGGAGUUUUCAAUGUGGGAUGGGAUUUUCUGCCAAAUGCCAUUAAUGCCACUUUGUCCUGGGGGCCCUAGAGAUACCAGAAGUGUUGGGACAGCUUCUUCUGGUGGGGUGUGUGUGUGCGUGUGUGUGUGUGAGGGAAGGGGUGGGGGAGGUUAGGAUUGAGAGGUGCAAAAGUUGGGGAAGUGGUGAGAAUCUUUUAAAAUAAGAUAUUUUGUUUUAAUAUUAUACUCCUAGCACAGAGCUAGGAGUAAAUGUGACUCCAACGGGAGUUCACUUAAUUUCUGAACAUACACAGGACCAGCUGUUUACUCCAUCUCAUCACAAUCUGAGUCUGGUCCCCUGCUGCCCCAAUUCUCUGGGGACAUAAAUCCAGGCUGGAGAGGGAGCAGGAAGUUUGAAAUAGUGACAGAUUGUCCACUAAUCCAAAGGGCCAAGGAAUAGUGAGUUCAUCCUAGAACUGGGAGCUUGGUCUAGUUAGGGCCUGGGCGUGA